CGUCAACUCGCCGCGCGCAAACGUGUGCCGCCAUAUUCACUUUCACGCAGAAAAAGAAAAAACGCGGGAAACUCGCGCGAGAAAUCUAGCAUUUUUCUCGACGCCAUACAACCAGUAACAUAAUUGCCUUCGUUAAGUAUCAACUACCGCGAUAUCGGUCUGUUUACAAAUAGUUAUGAUGUGAAAAUAGAACAAAACCAAUAGUUUAAUGUUCGAGCCGGUACGUUAAAAAUCGACGAAUAGCGCACGUGAGCGGUCGAAUUUUGUUUUCCUCUUUUCUUCUCUUAUCUUCAUCCUUUCGUUCAGUUUGCUAUUCUUGGUUUUCGAUUCUUUCGAAGUUUUCAAUAGUGCAGUGCGAGUGAUCAUAGUGACGUACUUUUAAAAGGUGCGUUGUAAGGUCGAGAAGUUUUCCUUCGAUAUAAUAUGGGUAUAUUUUGGAGAUACGCCAUGCCGUUGUUGAGCACGCUGGCCGCGCUGGUCAUCAUAGUACACUCUGCUGAGGAGGACUUGGAACAGGAGUAUCGAUAUGAUUUGCGACCGAGAGCAUUGAAUACUGAACCGGGGAGUUACGAACAGCCAUGGAGAGUUGUGAAGGCGGAGCCGGCAAUGAGCCAUGCUUCAGACAACGUUUGGAGUCAACAUUCACAGGAACAACCCAAAAGGCGUAGAAAAAGAAAGAGACGUCCUGAAGUGUCCGACGAAGAUAACAUAACUCAAGAAAGAUAUUCUUAUGCCGAACCACCACCGAAGGUUCAAGACGCUGACUAUGAGAACGUAUACCACACCACAGACACUACGAGAAGACGACGAAAGAGAAUCAAUGCCCGAACUAAUCGAUGGGGUGAUGAGGCAAUAGAAGCUGAAAGACCUAUUCGCAGAAAUAGAAGAAAAAGGCCUCCACUUGAACCGUUGACAAAACUAAGCGAAUUCCCUGAACAACAAGACUCCGAAGAAACUGAUGCGUAUAGUGAUGAACGCUUUAGUAGAACUCCCAAUCCUGGUUAUAUUGAAUAUACAGACCCGACAAGCAAAGAAUUAAAUCCCGAUUCAGUUUUAAAAGACAUACUUUAUAAGAAAUCAGAUAAACAUGAUGGUGAUAUAUCGUUGUCUGAGUUCUCAAUGGAACAUUCAUAUGAAAACCCUAAACCAAAUGAUAAAGUGAUAAAUGAACUAAGUGAACUUGAACAAGAACUUGAGAUACAAAAGAACGAACAUUACCUGUCUCCCUUGACGUUGAAAGAUAUAUUAAAACGAUCGAAUGGCAGCAGUUUAAGCGAGAUGUUGCAGCGUCAUAAUCUUACUUUAGCAGAUUUACUUCACGGCAAAGAGAAAGCUAUCAAAGUUUUGAAGUCUGAAGACACGACAGUUCGCCGUAAAGAUAUUGGCACUGUGGCAGUUACUGAAUCAGAUUCUGGGAAAGAACAGUUGGAAAUAGAAGCACUGGAGAGUAAAAAUCCCUCAAGCCUCAACAGUAAGGUUAAAGAAAAUAUAGAGAAUACGUCAGUAACAAAUUUGCCACAAGAGAUACGAAACAUAGAAAAUAAAGAAACUGAAGUAAACUUAGACCAAAUUGAAAAAGAACAGGAAAAUAAAACAAAUAAACCUAUAAGAUACAUGAAUAGACAUAGGUUCCCACCUGGAUUAAGAAAAAAAUUACGACUGAGACCUAUGAUCAAUAAUACAUUUAAAAGUCCGUUAAGCAGAGAUAUGGCGGCACUAGGAUUAAAAAGAUUUCCAAAUAGAAGAAAUAUAACAAAAUCUCAGGAAUGGAUAACUAUGAUACCGUUCCUAGUCAAAGCACAAUCAAAUACGCAUAAAAAUGAAAAUGAUACAGACAUAAUAUCUACAACGACGAGCAUGCCGACGACAACUUCGAUGAUAACUGAAGAUACAACAAUUGUAAUUAACUUUGAUACAUCGGAUGCAGAAGUGGAAACUGACGUUGAUGAUACACUAUCAAACGUUAAUAAUAGUUACAUUGAAAUUUCCAGCACCGAUCUAACUGAAGCACCAGUCACAACCUCAGAGUGUCCUACAACCAUAGUACACUUUAAUAUCACUGAGAAACCAAUUAUCAUUCCUAUCGUGACACAGUUAAAUGCAUCCAACGUAAGAAGAAAUGCUUUCAAUAGACUCAAAAAGAAACGAUUAAAGCAAAAAAUGUCUACUACCGAAGCACCUGAAAACAAGGUUAUAAAAAAUAUUUUCGGAUUCGGUACUUUAGCAUCAUCUUCAGAUUUUGUUGCAAGAACCACUACGGCAAAGCAAGCUGGUUUAGGGGAUGAUCAAGAUUUUGAUACCUUAGAAGAUUUUAUAACCACGGUCAAAGUUAGACAAACAGAAAGUAGCACUAGGGCUUCAAAAGCUCCCAUAACUUCGAUUAGGCCUUCAACGACGACAAGAUUUAGUUCACCAUGGAGACCUACUGAAGAAACAGCUGAAUUCGAAAUAGAAGAAUUACUGAAUGAUACACGCACUAGCGCCAAACUUUCCAAGAUACUUAUGGAAAGAAACAUGACACUUAAUGAAUUAGUGGAGCAUCGAGAACGUGGUUCUAGUCAUGUACACCUGGCUGAUAUAUUUCACAAUGCGUCACGGGAACCAAAUCCACCCGAGCCAUUCUUAUCUAAAUCCCUCAUAGAACCAAUAUCCAAAGAAACGUAUCCUCUAAGAGCAUUAUUAGACGCCAAUUCACAUGAUCCUACUAUUAAAGCUACAACAAUUGAACCAACCUCACUUAGUACUUCACAAUCAAGUUAUAUACAAAAUAUACCAGUAGUUAUGGACUUUGGUAAUAAUGUUAAUGAAAAUGCGGAAAAUAUGGGUAUAAUGUCAUUAUUUAAUCAUUCUAAUAAUACAAGUUCUCAUGUAACGGUACACGAUUCAGAAAACAUACCACAUGGAACAAAUAGUGACAAUGUAAAUAAUUCUACUGUUGAUCACAUGCAUAGAGAAGGUCGUACGCUGAAUAAUAACCAAGACAUGGUGAGCUGGAAUGACAUAUUUUCUAUGAUUCGCAAGGGACAUCAUAACAACGAAACAGAGCAAACAGCUACAGAAAGCCACAGAAGAGAAAUAUCUCCACCAUCAACACACAAGAGGAUCACAUUGGAAGAAGAUGUAGAUGGCGACGGUGUGAUAGUGUUGGAGGAUCUGCAGCACCUCAAAGAUUUUGAUAACAAUAUUGCAUCAGAUGAAAAGAUUGAGAUUUUCGAAAGCGAGGGAACAAGAAGACCUAGUGUCUUAACUAUACCUGGCAACACAAAAUCAGUAACCGUUGCAACCGCUAGCAUAGUCGGCUUAUCUAUGGUUUUGUUUUUAUUGACAUAUGCUGCAUUUAAAUGCAUUCAGCAGAAAAAGAAAGAGAAGAAACGAAACUUUCCGAGUGAGCGGAUUCCAACGCCAGUAUUUGAAAACCGUAAAGGUCAUAAAAAUAAUAGCAGUACGCGAAGUAUUAGUCCCAUGUUGUCAUCUUCGAAUAUUUAUACUAUGAACACUCUGGAGUCACAUCACGGAAAGGACUCUCCGGAAUACAUGUGGGAUACAUUAAGAAAACCGUUCCAGUAAUAGUACCAUUUUAGACUGAGCUGUAAGUAUAAGAUUUCUAAAUAAGAAAAUUAAAUUGAUACAGGACUUUCAGUAUUAACGAAUUACACACAAGGAAACCACCAAUUUAAUUAAAAUUUGUAAUUGAAGGGUAAAUUUAAAAUAAGAAAAGUCCUGUUGUUAAUAAUUAAUAUUUUUAGUGACCUGAUUUAAUUGUAAGGUACUUCAAGAUUUCAUAGUCUAUAGUAGACAGGGGACUAUGUUUGGUAUGCACAACGUUUGCACUAUACUAUUACUUCAUGAGGGCAUACAAAGGGCACAGUUUUUAGGGAUUUACAUUUUGUGGGAUAGCCCCUUGUCUAUAUCUUUUAUAACAUAUUUUGUUAAAUAAAAGUUUACCAUUUUGCUAUGAUUCCACAAGGUACUGGUACUUGAAUAUUUAUUCUUUUAUAUACUUUUUCAGUAUUAUGACGUGGCAAGUGCAAUGUAUGUAGAAUUUAAUUAAGUUUUUUUUAUAAUUUUCAGAUCUU